AAUCAAAUGUGUAAUGAGACAAGAUGUUAAUAAAACUAUCACUUAGCGUCUUAUUUAGUUUAUGGAAAAGUAGAUUACGGUGAUAUUUUAAAUGUGUAAUGUUAUUACAGGGCUUAUUAAUUGUAGUGAAGGUGCCAUGAAAUAAAUUAAAGGAUGAUGAUGGGCGAUCAGUUUCGUAGCAAAGUGGAGCAAUAUUCACCAAAGUCAUCACCCAGGGGUGCACGAUCCCCUGUUGUUUCGCGUCAAGAUUCAACAGGGACUCUUAAAACAACCAUUUCCCUGGGUAAAAAUCCUUCCAUUGUCCAUAGUGGUCCAUUUUACUUAAUGAAGGAACCCCCAGGAGAAAGUGAACUCACUGGGGCAACAAACUUAAUGACCUAUUAUGGACUAGAACAUUCUUAUAGCAAAUUCAGUGGGAAAAAAUUAAAAGAACAACUUUCAUCAUUUCUACCAAACUUACCUGGAAUCAUAGAUAGACCUGGACAUUUGGAUAAUAGUUCACUAAGGUCUGUAAUUGAAAAACCUCCAAUAGGAGGAAAAGACUUAAUACCACUAACCAGUGUUCAAUUAGCUGGUUUUCGUCUACAUCCUGGUCCUUUGCCUGAGCAAUAUCGUUAUGUUAACCAAGCUCCACAAAGGAAGCACAAAAACAAACAUAAAAAGCAUAAGCAUAAACCUGGAGAAGUACCUAGUGGUCAAGAGGCAACAACUACGGACAUUGGUGGUUCAGAUACCCACGAGAAAAAGCAUAAAAAGCAAAAACGACACGAUGAAGAGAAAGAGGCUAGGAAAAAGCGUAAGAAAGAGAAAAAAAGAAAAAAACAGAAACACAGCCCCGAAUAUAGUGGUGGUUUAACACCAUCUCAACAUUCCAAUUCGUGAUCUUCAAUUUCACCUUUUCUAUUUAUAUCUAACUUUUGAUUUAACAUCACAAUUUUUAUUGCAAAUACUAAAUUUAUCUUUUUCGUUAAGUUAGUUUAUCUGAGAUCGCUUAAUGAAUUUCAUUAGAAUUAUCUGUAUACAUAUCUUUUCUUUAGAAAGAAUUUUACAAUCUUAAAUUCGAAAGAAGAAUGCCGAAAGUUUGAAUAUCAAAAAUUACAUGUGAUUUUUGAUAGUGAAACUUUCGGCAUUCUUCUUUCGAAUUUAAGAUUGUAAAAGUCUUCUUUUUUUUUUUUUUUAUAAGAUUGUAUACUAUUACCAUGUAUUAUAGAACCAAUGAUGUGUAGGAAUGUAUUUAUAUUUACAAAUACAGGUAUAUGUAUAAUUUGUAUUUGCACAUGUAUCAUAACAUAUUCGACUCAUUGAGACAGUUUCUUCUCGCAAGUAAUUCUUUGUAAUUUCAACAAUAGUUGUUUUGAUACGAAAACCACGAACUUUUCUAGAUAGGAAUGAAUUUAGUUUAUUAAUAAAUUAUAAGAUAUAAAUAUGGAUGAAUCAGUAGUAUGAAAACACAGUGUAUUACUGUUGAUGUAAAUAUAUAUAUAUUGAAAAAACAAAACGGUAGGAAAUUAUAGAAUAUCACUGUAUUGAAAAUGUUUUUUAUGACAAUUAUGAAAAUACAAUGUUUACGAACAAAACUGAAAUUGUGCAUUGUAUUGAGAAUUUAAAAUACAUGUAGUAUUAUGAUAAAAUUAAUAAAAAAAAUUGUGAAAUAUAAA